AUGCCACGAAGUGAGCAGCGCCUGCAGAGGUUCAGCUCGUUUCGACGCAUCGGCAAUCAGUUGAAGACAUCAUAUCAGUCGGCAUUUCGAGUGCACUACGCCUGGGUACCAUGGCGUCAGCCUGAGGCCGGGACUCGAGCCCGGGCCUCGUCUGGCCCCCUCGGCGACACCGCCUACCCGCCCAUCAACGGACUCGCCUCGCCACGCAGACGCCCAAGACCGGCCGACUUUGGUCUCGGCUCGAGUCCCGGCCUCGUCCCGUCCGCAGGAGACGAUUGGACGGAGGCGGCUGGAGACGUCGGCGCAAGCCUGAGGAGGCGAGGCAGGAGACAGCCGCCCCGAGGCCCGGUGACACUGCCCUCGCAGGACGACAUUGUCCACAUGGAAGAGUCGCCGAAUUAUUGCAAUUACGACCGGAGCAGCGGUGAGUGGAGAUGA